GCGGCCGCCUCGGCCUCGUGCCCCGCUGCGCUGAGGCGCGGCGAGGCGCGGGAAGGGCCGGCAUGGCCGCCGUGAUGUGCUCGGUCCGCGUCGUGGCGGGCGGCGACGAGGACAGCGACAGCGAUGACGGCGACUGGGACAUUGGCGUCGUGCGGCAGGAGCCGCAGCAGUUGGAUGAAAUGUUGCAGGCAGACAAGAAUGAGGCGUUAAAGAAGGCUCUGUUUCGUGGUGAUGCGUCACUGAUUGAAGAACUUUUAAAUUCGGGUAUCAGCAUAGAAACCAGCUUUCAGUUUGGAUGGACUCCCCUGAUGUGUGCAGCCAGCGUGGCUAACUUUGCAGUGGUGCGUCUUCUUCUGGACAGAGGUGCUAAUGCAUGUUUUGAAAUAGAUAAAUACACGGUGUUGAUGGCAGCAUGUACUGCACAAGCUUCAGAGGAGAACAUCUUGAACACUGUAGAGCUGCUUUUAUCGAGGAAUGCUGACCCCAACCUCGCUUGCAGGAAACAAAUGACUGCACUGAUGUACGCAGCUAGAAAAGGCUAUCCUCGGGUUGUUGCUUUUCUUGUUGCUCAUGGAUCACACAUAAAUGCUCAAGAUGAAAAUGGAUAUACAGCAUUAAUAUGGGCAGUACAGCAUGGACAUAAAAGUGUAAUUUUGAAGUUGCUUGAGCUAGGAGCUGACAAAAAUCUACAGACCAAGGAUGAAAAAACAGCGGCAGACCUAGCAAAAAUCAAUAAACAUUUAGAGAUAUUUAAUUUGCUCUCGUUGGCUGCAAAUCACUUGCAAGGGAGAUACCAUAAAACAGUUGAGCAAGAGGCUAACUGCAAGUUUCUGACAGCUGUCUCUGACCACAGUGUUGGCUCCUAUUCAACUUUUCAUGAAAUGGAAGUGUUUUUACAUGGUCUUGGUCUAGAACACAUUAGAGAAUUACUGCAGGAACAAGAUAUAGCUUUAAGACAACUUCUGACCAUGCAAAAAGAUGACUUAAUACAGAUUGGCAUUACAAAUCCUGGGGAUCAGCAGAAACUCCUAGAUGCUAUUAAUGAUCUGCAAAUGGAAGGAAAAAAAUUUGAAGACAUCUCUGAAAUUAUGAAGCUGGAAUUGAGUGAAGAUGAAUUGCUCAAGUUUCUUCAGAAGUUGAAUAAAGAGUGUAGUAAGCUGAUCAUUCCUGUGCAGACCAUGAAUAACCAUUUCCUCAAAAAUUCUCACAAGAUGGCACUGCCCUGGGCACCAACUGAAUGCUAUAUUGAAGUCUGCAAAGAUGUGAUUUGCAGUGUUAAAAAGUUGGAAGAAGAAGUUCACAAACUGAAGGACCUCGUGGUGGAGUAUGAAGAAAAGAAUGAACCUAACCAAGUGAAAGUUCCAGAAAAAGCAGCCACCUUGGAAAAAAGAUCAGUAAAAAUGGGAGUGGUAACAUUGCUUGGAUUUGGUUUUUUCUUAUGUGUAAUUAAAUUAGUAGCAAAGAGAGCCUGAAUUUAAGUUUAGUGUUGUUUCUCAUCAUAUCUCUGGUAAUUGUAUUGAUUAUUUGUUUUGAUCUAAAAAUAACUGUUUUAAUUUUUAAUAACUUAAGAGUAUCUUAGGGUUUUAUUUUGAAAUUCAUUGUUGGUAUAGAAUGUGGGUCUAAAAUGUUGUCAAAGCUGCUUUUCAUUUUUUGGCAUAAAACUGAUUAUUGCUUACUAAUUACUAGUUUCGGUUUUUUGGUUUUACCUGUUCAGAGGUGAAUAUAAAUAAAUUCUGAUUAUAUAUCA